GAUUAACCGGCAAGUGUGUGGGACCGAGCAAGAGACAACGAGAGAGAGCGGAGAACAGUGCAUCAUCGCUCCAAAUCACUUGUCCUCUCAUUACUCCUCAUCACUCGUCCUCACUCCUCUCUCGUUUCUCAGCCACCUCUCAACUGCAAUAUUGCCUGCUCUGUCGCCAUCACCACUUUCAUCCCCGCCACCACCCUCCCCUCGGUCCUCCUCCUCCUCAUCCCCUUCCCGACAUGCACCGUCCACUAUGAUCAUGACGCGAGACCAGUACGAGGACGCUCUCCUUCAUCCCCUCCAACACCCCCCUUUCGAGGUGUGCGCCCCGUCCCGCCCGCUCCGCCCGCUUAAGCGGACGCGAGCGGCGCGAAUUGCUUCACCCAUCACUCCCCCACGCUCUCCACCAAAGCCUAGAACUCCGCCGCCAUUAUCUCUCACCCUCCCCCCUCCUUCGCCCAUCAUUCCCGCACCCCUCGCCAGUCCACGCUCCCCCUUUCUUCCCACUGCGGCGUUGGGCAACACAACAUGCCCUCACUGUGGUCUCAACUACCCAAAUCCGGAGAUCGACGCGUACACUCCUGACGAGUUGGAACAGCUCGACUUUCUGCACGCGCUGGGAAACUGGGCGUGGGAUGCUAAAUGUGCUCAGAAACUCAUUCGUCUCCGUGCGCCCUUUGAGCGCCUGCAUCGCCAACGGCCGACAUACGCUGAGGCGAUUGGGGCCGCGGCGCGCACCGGGAUGAACGCGUUCGCGAGCCAGCUCGUCGCGCGCAUGGACGCGCAGCAGUGUCGCAUCAAUGAGAAUCUCAACAGCCUCAAGCUGCACAUCAUCUGCAACCUGCACGGGCACGAUGGUCCGCGCGCAUCCGAGGCUUGGGAGCGCUGGAUCCGUGGCCGCACCCCCUGGGCGAGCGACACGCUGCGCGUGAUGACAUCGAACGCGCUCGGCGACCCCGCGGCGAUGGCGCUCGAGCUCUUCCGCGACGUGCUCCGCGACCUCGGCGAGGAGGAGGUCGGCGCGCCGCUAUCGCCUUCUCCGCCUUCGCCCCCAUCUAGCCGGUGAUAUUCCGAUUCGGGCCCGGUUCGUCCGAGCCGGUUUCUGGCCAGCCAAACACCUCGUCAUAUCGUCACCGAUCAUAUCAUACCCGACAUUGCAUGCCUUCAACCGGCCCACCCAUACCUGCAUUAAUGUGAGGAGCAGACAUAUUACAUUGGCAAUUGUUAUCAACCAUAUUGUACAACAGAGUAUGCUAGUGUUGAAUC